CAAAAGUGUGAUCAAAAGUGUGACGCUUUGAUCUGCCAGAAUUUUGACAUCGAGAACUGUCAAAAUCAAACAGCUGCUGGUUGAUGUUCCCCGUAUUGUAUAAUAUUUACAAGUUGAAAUCCUCUUUCGACAACGAAUAAUGGACAACGUAAUUCUGCAGAAUGUUGAGCAUAAGCAUGCCAGCACGAACACAAAAUACCAUUGCCUCUACGACUACUAUUUCCUUGGGAUAAAUCGGACCCAGCUUGCGGUUAUCUACCGAAAGAGCAAAUCGACCAUCGGAAGUUGGAUUGAAUCCUACGAAGCAAACGGUUUACUGUCAUCUAAGCAGCGGGAACAAGUAUUCCGGAAGUUCAGCGCGAAACAUAGACAAUGGAUCGUGGCUUUAUACCAAGAAAAGCCAGUUCUUUACCUUGAGGAAUGCAGAGACUUCUUCUACCAGCAGUUCCGGAUUGAAAUCAGUGGAUCCAGCAUUUGCAGAAUUUUGCAUGCCGAAGGACUUUCGUGGCAAGCGCUAGAACGUAGGGCCAUUCAAAUUAAAGAGCAUGAAAUUCUUCGUUUCUGCUCAGAAAUGAGCUUGUUCGACUGGGACCUUUAUCAUCUUGUGUUUCUUGAUGAAGUGUCGAUAGAUAGCAAGGGUAUUUUGAGAAACACGGGCUAUGGACCAAAGGGAAAACGGCUAGUGUAUCGUGGAGAAUUUGUGCGUCGCCCUAGAGCGUCAUACUUAUGUUUCCUGGGUAUGAACGGUGUCUUAGAUACAUUCGAAACUGAGGGAACUUUCACCAGGCAAAUAUACUUUGAUUGCUGUCGCGAAUUUGCUUUAAAGAAUGAAAAAGUACAGCGAUAUCCAGGGUACAAUUCGGUGUGGAUUAUGGACGGGGCACGGAUCCACUGUGACCCCAAUAUAAUUCUUUAUCUCCGCUCAAUAGGAAUUCUUCCAGUGUUUUUGCCACCGUAUUGCCCAUUCUUCAAUCCCGUGGAAUUGGUAUUUGGAAUGACAAAAUCGCGAAUUAGAAAAGCUUACGUUGAAAAUAAGAACGAAAAACUUUCUUUAUUAGCUCUUGAAACAUUCAUGGCUCUCGAAAAGUACAAUUGCAGUAACAUUUAUAAACAUUGUGGCUAUUUACCAGGCGGUGUCUUCGAUCCAUCGAUUGGAAUGACCCAAAAUGAGAAUCAGGUUCGUAACGAAUAA